AUGCCACCGGUGAGUGUCGGUUACCUAAUCAUAUUCUCGAGAGGUUGGAGGGGAGCAGCGUUAAUGAUUUUUUGGUUUUUGUUCGGUUAUUAUUAACCGGUAUAACUAUAUCCGGUUUAUUAUUUCGUUUAUCCGAAAAGAUCCGCGGUACUUUAUAUUUGAAACAAAUGUACAGAUUCCAAUAGUUUUUCCAAAGAAUUUAAAAAAUUACAAACAAUAAAAUUAUCGAUGCAUCUGUUUUAAUUGCAUUUCUUUCUGAAUUGCCUUUCUGACUACACGGAAAACAAACACCAUUAAUACUAUCACCUGACCAGUUUAUUGCUCAGAAUCGUUUUUCGAUUGCAAUGAUUUAUCAUCGUCUUUAGUGUUAAAGCUAAAUUGAUUUUAAAUAUUCCAUAUACCUUCCAAAAUUACAACGGUAUGUCCAGCUUUCUUUGUUGAUAUUUUUUCGGUAAACGGUUAUCAUUUUGUACGGUUUAUUGGUAUAAUAGGUAAUUAUAAUUUUACGUAUAUUUUCUCCGAUGUGGUCAUCAGUUCGUAUAUGAUUCAAAUAGUCGAUAAUAAGUAAUUCGUGUUACGAGAGGGAUUUGGACAGACAUCUUCAGACUAUCAUACCGAAUAGUAAAAUUAUUUAUGCACUAUUGUAAAAAGACACGAGUAAAAUAAGAUUAUUUUAUAUUAUUUUUAUUUUUACAAUAGUAUAUAUUUUGUAGUAUAGAGCUGUUGACGGCACACAAUAUAAAUACUAAACGUCAUUAUUGAUAUGGUCUCAAUACUAAUCAAUUGUUAAUAAUAUGAAAACACUUUGAGCUUGUUAAAGUUCAAAAGAUCCCCGCUCCUUUUUAGUAAGUUAUUGAAAAUGACAGUUUUUGAACAUUAUUCUCGUAUUGUUCAUAACUGUUUCGAUCAGAAACUACACUUUCAUGGAGUCUUGGGUUUUGACUGUUCAUAUUGUCUACGGUUAGGCAAACAUCGUACGUAAUUUAUUGAAAAUUAAUAUUAUAACACGGGAAGCUUUACAAAGACAGGACUAAACACUCUAUUGUUCUUUGUGUUGUGUAUACAAUUAAAUAUAAUACAUAUUAGUUACAUUUAAAUGUUUAUAUAGGUAACAAAAAUAUUCAAAGACUUAAUAUUCAUCACUAUAAUAGUUGGUCGUUCCGUAUAAAUAUGAGAACCUACAUUAGACCUAAUGACCUAAUAGCCUGCAUUAAAUAUGCAUUGAUAUUGUUAAUGUACCUAUGUCUAACUAGUUACAAUGAUGGAUGAUGAAAAAAUUAUAAAGACCAUAAGUUAUGAUUAUAUAUACAUAGAUAUUUAUUGUAGAUUACUUCAAAAUACAAUAUUCAAUAACAUUUAAAAAUGAACCAUGUAUACAAUUAUGAUUUUAUACGGUUGAACAAAAAUUAACAACCGAUAAUUAUUAUUAUUUUAUAAAACAUGCAAUGUAUAUAUUAUAUAAUAAAAAUUACAUUUUUGUAAAAUAAAAAAAAAUGUAAUGAUAGGUAAGUAUAUUAUAUUAUUAUUUUUAUAUCAUUAACCUCCAUUUACUUGACCGCAUAUUAUAUAUUUAGGUGAAUUAUUACCUACAUCGAAAGCUAAAAAACAAAUACUUACAAACUUUUUUCGUUCUUCGUUUUUCAUUUACUUUUUUGUUAAUUAUUGCGGUUUUAAAGCAUCCUUCUGUUCAAUUACGAUCGUUUUACAGUUUACAAUAAUAAUAAUAUUAAUACAUUUUUUGAACGAAAAACAAGAUACAGCGUUGAACUUGUAAUAAUACUAUACUAUGGUAAGUAAUCAGAGUAUAUAUUAACAUAUAAAGCAGGAAAUACUAUUGUGUCACUUAGUGAAGAAUUAGUACCUCCUAUAAUGAAUUAAUGGAUGUGCCACGGUUCCAUCGACUUUUAUUCAUGUCAAAUUGAAAUAAUAAUAUAUUGACUAAUAUUUUGCGCGGAUAAUAAUAAGUCGAUUUCAAUUGGCUCGUGUAAUCAACGAAUAUUCGGAAAUUUUAACUUUAAAGUGUUUGAUAACCAAUAAUAAUUACUCCAAUUAUUCCGAUUCGAUAAUAACCUACGGAGUUUUCUGGAUUAUGUAAAUAUAUCAAUGAUAUAAAUAGUAGGUGGAUCAAACUAAUUGUAUAGGGUAAAGGCUAAUUCCUUAGUUAUAGUGCCUCCCAGUCAAAAUUCCUUAAAAUAUGCUUCAAAAGUAACAAUAAUUACUUAAUAUGCAUAUUAUAUUUCUAUCAAAUAAUUUAUAAUGAUGGCUCAUGUGUAAAUAUUCAGUAGAGACUGUCUUCCGAAUCCUGCAGCUCAUAAUCUAACCAAUAAAUACACAUUAUAUACAUUCGUAAUAAAUAAUAUUAUACAGUAUCUAAUAAAAAAUUUCCGACACUUCGUUUAUUCCCAAUUUUUCAAUAAUCUCAAUUUAUAUAAAUUAAUAUAUUGUUUAAUCAUGAUAAGAUAAACAACAAUAAAGUAGAAUUAUUUUAGUAUUCCAAACGAAUCAAAUUCAACGAAAUAACCUACAGUACCUAUAUUAUAUGCAUAUAAUACACACAUAGUAUACAAUUCCAUUAUAUCAAUCAUAUGUGACCACCCAAUUCUCUACCAUCUAUAUCGUUUUGUUUAAUUGUUUUUAGAUUCUGAGCGUAGCGAAAAGUGUGAAUGUUUUUGUUAUUUAUAAAAAGACAUUUCUACCGGCAUUGUUCCAAUUGCUAACAUCAAGGAUGAUUCUUUCUGGUAAAACAUUUUGUCUAGUUGGUGCAUUAAAGAGAUAACUUUUUUUGUUUCUCUUGUAAUUAUUCGGGAAAAUAUACGUAAUAACGGUUUCUGUUAUAUCCAAAAUUAUUUAUAAUUCAAUACGAAAUAACCGUAGACUUGUAAAUUUCACCAAAUACUUUUAUAAGCUAUUUCUAGACGUGAUGAAAUGUUUACGUUAUUUUAGCCCAUUUGUUAGGCAUUUAUAGCCAUUUGAAACGUUUGAAUUUUUAUUUUAUUUUAUGUGAAUAUAAUUUUGAUGAUCCAGCAAAUACACUUGGAAAUUUAACACGAGAUUUGUCAUAAGUGUCGUACCUAGUGGUAAAAACAAAAUUUGAUUGUUAUUUAAUGAUUUUUUUUAUAAACCUUUACUAUUUCAGUUUAAAUUGUUAUCCAAAUCGUAAAAGUUGUGGCAUUAAAAAAUAUGUUUAACCGAACUUCGUUUUUCAUUAAAUAUGAAUUUAUCGUAUAAACUAAAUUACUCUAUAUAAUAAUAUCCUAACUUUUUAUCUUCUCAACUACAAUAGUGGCACACCCAUCAGUAGUAUUAGUUUUUUUUUUAUGUUUUCGGUUUUUAUUUCCAGUGGUUCAUUUUGUUAUUCACAACGAUGUUUAUGUUUUUGCAAGUAACACAGGCACAAAAUGAAAAUAUUAAUGACAACGAUUCUGACAAAUAUUACACCGGUGAAUACAGUAUAUUCCCAAGACCCUCUGAAGCAAACAAUAAUACAUUUGAGAUAAAUGGCAUUCCCGACAAAAAUUGGUUGGAUACUUUUCCACCACCACCAGAAGAUCAAUUUUUGUCCACAUCGAUUCCAUCAUCAUCGCCGUUACCACUUAGAAUCGAUGGAUGUGUGUGCGUAAAGUUUUGGCUUUGUCCCAACAAAACCAUUAUUACAGAUGGUGCUACUUUAAUAGAUAUUAGGUUUGUUUUAUUUGUAUCUAUAUUAUAUUAUAUUUUACAACUCAUCCCUAUUAUACUACGAAAUUUAGAUUUAGCAGUGGAUUUUUUAUGGAAUGUAAAAUUUAAAUUUAAAUUUAAAUCAAUAUCAUAUACAACUUUAUUAUCUAUAACCGUGUUUAUGAAUUUUGAUGCUAAAAUUACUGUAUUCAAAUUUUGAUAAUAAAAUGGGUACCACGAGAAAAUUGUUUGACAUUUGUUUUGUUUGAGGAGGCACUCUGAAAAACUAGUAAAAAAGUGAACUAAAACUGCACCACUAAGUGACUGCAAAAUUACAACACAGAGAAGGUAGUCAGUGUCCCGAACUUAUAUUGUAUAAGAUUUGAAAUGUUAGGUUUCAAAAUCAGUGAUAACCCAUACAAAGUAUUAAAUUUAAGUGUAUUAUCUAUGAGAUUCAAAAUAUUGUGAUCAAAUUACAAACAACCUUUUUUAUAGUAAAAAAUUAAUGUUAUAUAUUAUUCAUUAUAUUAUACGUAUUAUCUGCAUCUUCAAAUUUUAAGUAUGUUUACAAAAUGUAUAAGAUAUAUCCAUAUAUUCACACCUGUAAAUGACACCAAUGAUAGCGAGAAAUGUAUUGGUUGGUAGCCCGUCAGUUAGUCCGGUAAAUAAUAUCCGGUGAUAAUUGAUCCGUGACAUUUGAUUCGGUUCAAAAAUAACCUGUACCAAAAAUAUUCGGCUAAAAAAUGUCCAGUAAAAAAUAAAAUUUAAAAAAUACGAAACAUACAUUGAUAAUUUUAGUUUCAUAAUUUUCAAAAAGGUAAAAGAUAAAAAUAAAUAAGAAUUAAUUAAUAUUUCAAAUAUUAUUUAAGACAAUAAUAUAAAAUAUUAUAAUGUUUGUUUCAUAAUUUUCAAAAAUGUCAGGUAAAAAUAAAUUAUGAAUUUUUGAGUAUUUAUUGAUGUAAAUUUAAUUUUAAUGUCAAGAUUUAGUCCUAUACUAAAAUCGAAAGUACAUAUAUUACACGCUCUCCGUCACAAUAAUAAUUUAAAUCUGAUAUAUCGUUGAUCGCUGAUAAGAUUCGUUUAUUUGUAGUAUUUGACACCGUUUUCGUAAUCUUUAUAUAAGGUAGACCAUCCGCUUAUUGCAUUCUAUAAUGUUACAGAUCAUUAUUUAAUUUCACUCUUUACCUUUUUGAAAAUUAUGAAACUAAAAAUAUCAAUGCACAUUUCUUUUUUUUUACCGGGCGUUUUUUAGCCUGAUAUUUUUAGUAAAGAUUAUUUUUGAACCGAAAAUGUUACGGAUUAAUUGUCGCCAGAUAUUAUUUACCCGACUAAAUGAUGUAGAACCAUAUUAGUUUUACUAUUAUAUAAUGUGUACUUUUUACCAGAAAUCUUACCCCAAUAAUUAACUUCCGGUGUGAUUUCCGGUAGUACAUUUGGUCUUGGUAUAUUUUUGUAAUUCAAUUUAAAUAAGUGGAGAAUUACAAUUUUAAAUAAAUAUAUACUAAAUCACUUUAUUCAAGAGAGUACUCUUGACUUAUCACAUACAGCGAAAUAUCUAUUAACAGUAUAAGCUCUUUUUUUAAUACUGAUCAAUAUGAAUUUAUAGAAUCAUUUUAAAAUGAUUUGAAUGUAUGAAUAUUAUAUAAAUGAAUAUAAUAUGUAUGAUAAUUAAAUAAAUAAAAAAACUGUUAUAAUAGUUAUAAUUAUAGUUUAUUGUUUAAAAUCCGUUUGAAAACAAGAAAUUUAGCACAAUCGCAUGUGAGCUUUCCUAUUUGGUUUUAUACUUAUAUUAUAAGAGUAUCGGUUGAAAUAUUAAAACCAUGAAUAUUUUGUUUUUUCAAUUAGAAUUUGAUUGAACUACGUUGUUAUAUAUUAUACAGGCUUAAUAUAAACAACACAUGUGAAAACUACCUGGAUAGAUGUUGCGAUUAUCCGGACGAUCCGACACCACCUAAUGUUAUUAUACCUAUGAAAGAAGAGCUUCAACAAUGCGGAAAAUGGAACUACAAUGGCAUUGCAUUCAAAAUAACGGGUAACACCAACAACGAAACGGAUCCCGGUGAAUUUCCUUGGAUGGUGAUCAUUUUAAAUUUACACCCAAACAAUAAGACCCGCAUAGAGUUAUUGUGUGGUGGUUCGUUAAUUCAUCCAAAAGUUAUACUUACUGCAGCCCAUUGUCUAAGCAGGUGAAGUUUAAUAUAGUACAGUAUUAUAAUAAUAUAUAGUAUUAAAAAAGAAAAUUUGGUUGUUUAUUGGAUUUUAGAACAAGAGAAAAAAAAUAUAAUACCUAAAAGAUAUAACACAUUUUAUUCAUAAGGCCUAAAUAAAGUAAUAUAAGUAAAUAAAUAGAGUAUCCAUGAAUAAACAAACAUUAGAUUUUUAAAUCCAAAAACGUACUUGACAUUUCUUCUUCGUCCUUAUGAAAAUAAAUUCGUAGUCAUACUCAAUUUCACAUUACCCUAUUAACACGGACGAUAUUUUCUACCAGAAAAAAUGAUUUAAUUGAAAAAUCACAAGAUACCAUUUUUAUUGCCUUUUUGAUUUACUCUCUUACAGUAUCAUUGCCAACACUUUUGAUCUUUUAAGGAAUUUUAAUUUUUGGGAGUUUUUUUCCUGUAAUUCGGUUAUAAAUAUACGUAGAGAUUGGAAACUUGGUAUUAAUACUUAUAUUGGACUUACCUAGACGUAGUAAAAUUUUCGAAAUUAUCGAACUACUUUUUUUUUUUUUUUUUAAUUAACGUUUUGAAAUUAAAUUUAAACGAAAAUCACAAAAAAAAAUUACGGCACUUCAAAUUAUGUAUUACCGAACUGCGCUCAGAAUCGUCUUUCUUCAAUCAAUGGUUGCUUACAUAUAUAAAUGAAAUAACCUUAUGUAUCUUACAUUCCCAACUUCUCACCUACAACAGUGGUCGUUUCCAUCCCCAGUUUCAGCUCUUUUUUUUUUCAUUAUUUUUAUAUCACUUAUCGGGUUAUAAUCCACACAUUUAUUUAUACAUCAUUUAAUUUUGUAUAUUUUUUAAAAAAUACAAAAAAUAAAUUUUAUUUUAUAGGUUUUAAAAAAUUUGAAGAUAGUUAUUUUAUAGAGUUUAUUAUUCGAAAAAUUGUAAAGUAUAACAUUUUAUUUUCAUUAAAUUCAUGAUUUUUAAUAAUAGUUUAAAGUAAAGAGAAAAUAGUUAGAUUAAAUUAACUACAAUUAUAAUCAACUAGCGAAUACAUAAAAGCCUGCUGUAUAGUUAUGAAUACAUUUCUCUGAAUUUUAAACAAUUAUUAAAAAAACAAAAAUUUAAAGAAAAUGAAAGUUGAUACGUCAAAAUUUCCAGAAGGAUAAAUUCUAUAAAAUGACUACGGAAUAUAGAUAGUAAAAUAAUCUCCAAAUUUUUCAAAAAUAAUAAUAAUAAAAAGUUUUAUUUUUAAGUUUUUUAUUGAAGCAUACAAAUUAAUUACGAUAUAAAUAUGUGUAGUAUCCUUCGAGUAUUAUAAAAAAAAAGAAAACAAAAAUUUGAUUAUCUUUAUUAUUUUAGAAGGUAUUGAAAUGGUUAUAUCUUCGUUGAACAUUAAAUAUUCAAAAAAAAGUUGUAGGUACACAUACCCGUAACGAUAUACCAAAAUUGUCCGGAAAAUAAUUCGAUGGACUGUAAAAAUCUAUACUUUUUCAGUAAUCAUAUGGACUAUAAAAAUCUGGAAAAUGAAACACUGUAAAUGUGUGGACUAGAAUAUUUCAGGGUAUGAAAAUCUGGAAAUUAUAAAUGCCUUUACCAGAAAGUCCAGGACUUUAAUAAUUCGAAAUACGCAAUAUACAAUGUGUUGUGCGGACCAGUGACGUUUCUCGCAUUUAUUUUUGAGGCAAUAGCUUGGUAUACUUCUGGAUAUAUUGUUUAAUAAACGUAUAUUUUUUUUUCAAAAACUGCUUCACUUUUACUAUUUCUUGUAAUUAACAGAAACUUGUAAAUUACUAUUAUUUAUAUAUUACAGUCAAAUUUUUUUUGAAAAUAUGACUUACAAAAACGUUUUUGGAAUCAUAUUUUUUAAAAUUUUACUUUGUUCUUAUUUCUAUUACCCUUUAUUAGGGGAGGAGGUGAAACGGCUACCUAAUUUUGAUUUUUAAAGGAAAACCUAUAUAAAAAAUUGUAUAAAUAAAUAGAGUAUUGGUUUAAUAAUGUUUGGUGUUGCUAUUUUUAAUUUUUAUCAACCCGUUAUCGAGAUAUUCCACUUUUAAGUUUAAGCGGGGAUAGAAAAGUGGAGCAUCAUAUGUGUGGCGGCGUUCAAAUAAUAUUAUCUCCGUUUUAUUUAGUUGUUGAGUGACGGCCGCUGCUAACGAAGGUGACGGUCAUGUGUCGUCUUCAUGCGAUUAUUCUAUUUAUAUCGAAAAAUUCAAUGAGGAACAACACCAUCUAUCGUCUGUCCGUAUUAAUAGUUUUUUUGAAAUUCCGGAUUAUUCAUGAAGUAUUCUGAUCUGAGCUUUUAUUUUUCCGGCUGAUUUCAGUCAGGACAUUUACAACGUUUCAUUUUCUGGAAUUUUUCAGUCCGUAUACGAUUAUUUUCCAGGAUUUUCUAGCCAUCCUUCGUAAUGAUUGUUUUUUUUUUCUACAAAAGUAAUCUAAAACUGGAAGACUUGAUCGUUCGUGCUGGUGAAUGGGAUUUAAAACAGGACCAAGAACUCUCUCCACACCAAGAUCGCAAAGUUUUAAGAAUAGUAAAACACGAAAAAUUCUCAAAGGGUUCGGGAUAUAAUGACAUAGGGUUGAUUUUCUUGACCGAACCGUUCAUUUUACAACCUCACAUUAGCACGGUCUGCUUGCCGCCUCAGGAUUUUAAAUUUCGUGAAUCGGACGAAGAGCACUGCAAAGUCAGCGGAUGGGGCAGUAAUAUUGGUAAGUAAAAAAACCGUUCUGCUGUUACAAAAUACUUUCAUGUCGAACGGCCUGUAAUAUCGAUCAAACUUAUCAAUUAAUGAUGCAUUGCUGAUAAAAUUCUCUGUUCUUACUCAUAGACAUAGACCCAGACUUAUUUUGCUUCUCUCUGUAUCUACAAUAUGUUGCAUACCAAAUACCGGUUCCGUAGUCUGUUUCUCUAAUAUACAGCAAAUUAGUUCUUAGAUAUUGAUGUUUUAUUUCCGAUUAUUUUUUCUAUAAUUUGUUCUCUGUAUCUUCAAUCUUCAUAUUAUAACUCGUCAAUUUUAUUCUUCUAUAAUUUCUAAACUUUUAUACAUAUAACUUCCCUUUAAAAAAGGUAAAUUCCACAUAUCAUGAUAGUUAUCAAAAAGUUCAAUUACAAAACUUGUAGACAAUUUAAAUGUUCAAUAUAAAUAUAUUUAUAAACAAGUUUAUAAUUUAAAUUAAGACCAGACAAAAUUUAAAUUACAGAUAUUAAGCAGUAUACAGUAUAUGAGGAGUUAAGCGCAACAGUGGCCUAUUCCAGCAAAUGGUUAAUAGCAGUAAUACAGCUUUUUCAUUUCUUUGAAAACUUGAUCGAAAAAAUCAAGAUUAAAUAAACAAUGUGUUUUAUUAAUUUUUAUUAUUAAACAUUGAUACAUUUAAGACAUAACUUUUAUUAAGAGUUAUUUGGAAACAAAUCAUGCAAAAUUUUACAAAUUUUUGUUGAAUAGGCCACUUUUGCCCUCAUACAUAGUUGUUGUUUAUGUUGUUUACUAAAAAAAUAUGUUUUUUAGGUCAGAUAUUGAAAUGAAAAUAAUUAUAAUUUAUGGCAAUAGUAUACAAUUUAAACUUUUAUUAAAAAUAAAAGAUGUUAUUAUAAUUCAUCGUUUUUUUAUUUUUGUUGUAAUAUUAUUUUAAUAUAAUAUUAUAUAACAAAAGUCGCCACAUAUUACUGCUGAAUAGGUCAUUGUUGAAUUGUUAUAUAGUGCUGCAAACUGAAAUCUAGUCUUAAAGAAAACAAAACUAGGCAGGUGUUACAUGGGAAUAUUUUUAAUUCUAAAUAAAAUUAUAUAAUUAUCUAAAUUUAUGAUUUUUGAUGGGUUAGGCCCCUAUUGCGCUAAAACCCCUCAUAUUAGGGUGGCACACAAAUUUUUUUAUAUUUUUAUAGUUUUCUCGUGUUUUCUAGGUAUAUAGUAUAAUGAAAAAUAUUAAUUAAUUAAUGCAGUUUAAAAUUUUAAAAUUUUAAAUAUUUAGAUUAUAAGAUUAAAAUAAUAACUAAAAAGGAAUACUCAAUUUUAUUUUUUUAAAAAGCUACCAAAUAUUGUAUUUUAUUUUAUUAUUAAAUAAUAAGCAGUUUUGAAAUUUUUCUUAGAUAAAUUCUUUUAGAUGAAUUAUUUUGUUUACAACAUUUUUUAUGUUUCCAUUUUUACAACUUAUAACUUAUAAUAUUUUUUAUGAAAUGAAAAAAUGAAAAAAUGAAAAAAUGAAGAUUUAAAGAAAUUUUAGAAAUGUCAACUGUCUUGAGGCACGCUUUAGAAUUAAACUCUCGUGACGAAAUUCCACACAUUUUAUUUUUUAUAGUUAAGUACUAAAUUUAAGGGUGGCAUAGUUAAUAUUUCAAUCUUUUUAAGGACCUCCCUAAUAUACAGUGUAUAUAGAAUGUUUUUCUUUUAUAACUAUUUAUAUCUAUUAGUUUUACUUUUAUGUCUAAACUUUUUUUUUCUGUAUUCCACAUAUCAUAUAGAUGGUGUUUAUCAGGCUAUUUUAAAAAAAGUCGAUCUUUCGAUCGUGGGCCGUGACACGUGUGAAGUCAAGUAUAAACAGUCCUAUGGCAUGGCUUUCAAAUUGCAUAGCAGUUUCAUUUGUGCCGGUGGGAUUAAUGGCAAAAAUACUUGCAAAGUAAAUAUUUUAACAUUUUUAAUGGAGUGUUAGGUAUUAUAAUCAACCAAAAAAAUAAACCUAUAAAAUAAAGGAUUUCUGGUUUUUUUUUUAUGAUUUAAGAAAGUAAUUAAAAGUUUCUUUAAUAUAUUUAUGAAAUAAACUUAAAAAAUUAAUAGGUAUAAUGUGAAGUUAAUAAAAAAAACUUUUUUAUUUAUGAGUUCAUUAUAAAUAACGACUAGAUAUUUGUAAAUAUAAACGAACGGGUAUAUUAUUAAUCAAUAGAAUUAUUUAUUUAAAAAUAAAAAAAUACUUACGGUUUCAUCGGUACCGAACAUUCAAGUAAGGAUAUUUAAUGUUUUUUUUAAUCAUUUUGUUCAUUUAUUAAAUUCGCAGUAUAGGUACUAAAACUUUUUUCUGAAAAAUAUUUUGUUUAUUAUUGAAUUUAUUUUUCGGAUAUUUCUUAUAGCAAACAAUUUUUCAAUUUCAAGUUCUCAAAUAAUUUUUUUAAAAAUAUUGAUGUUAUAUAAGUCAAAUAUUUUAUUGUUUUUCGUCAAUUGUAUAAUUGUUUUUGUAAACGCACAUUAGGAGUAGAUUACAAACUGGGAAAUAAUUUUUAAUUUCCUCCAAAUUUUGUUUCUAGAAAUUAAAUUUUCAUGACCUUAUUGCCUUAUGAUUUCACUGUUACAGGGUGAUGGUGGAGGCCCCCUGGUAUGUCCAGUGUCAAGAAACUCAACACGUUACCAUCAGGCGGGUAUCGUCUCUUGGGGCAUUGGGUGCGGUAACGGAUAUCCAGGACUGUACACUGACGUGUCUCAGUUUAGAAACUGGAUCGACCAGCAAAUGAUCGAUUUGGACCAGUCUUACUACGAUGCGAAUAACGUGGUUUAA